AUGGCAACAAGUGAAGAUGAUAAAGAUAACAGUUAUAAAAAAAUUAAAUGUACAAUUCAUCCAAAUAAAAAAAUAAAACUUUUAUGUUCAGAUUGCAAUUUAAUGCCAUGUUGUAUUGAAUGUAUUUUAGAUGGUGAACAUAUUUCACAUAAAUAUCGAAAGUUAGAAUCAGUAGAUUUUUCAUUAAUUAAUAGUAAAUUUAAAAAUGAUAUAUGUCCAAAAAUAAAAGAAAAAAUUGAAAAUAAUAAAAUAAUAUUAAAAGAAUCUUAUAAUAAAUUCCAUGAAAUUCAAUCACAAUUUUAUAAUAAUAAUAAUUUAAUAAAAAAUGAAAUUGAUAAAAUUCGAGAAACCAUUUCAAAUAUUGAAACUGAUUUUCAAAAUGAAUUAAAAGAAACCUUUGAUAAUAAUAAAAUAAUAAAUACAAAAAUAACAUCAUCAAUAAAUCAAGAUAAUGAAUUACUCACAAACAUUGAAAAUAAUAAUAAUAAUAAUAAUAAUAAUAAUAAUAAUAAUAAUAAUAAUAAUAAUAAUAAUAAUAGUUCAAAUUGUAUUGAUGCAAAUGAAACCAUUAAACGAUAUCAACAAUUAUUAAUAUUAAUAAAUAAUAAUAAAAAAAAUUCAAAUAAAUUAAAAGAAUAUAAUAAUCAAGUGAUUACAUUUGAAAAUUCAACACUUGAUGAAAUUAAAAAUUAUUUAAAAUUAAUAUAUUCUUUUAAAAAUAAUGAUAAUAAUGAUAAUAAAAGUAAUAAUGAAUUUGAUAAUGAUGGAGAUUAA